AUGUCUGAAGACCUUUCAUCGACAACUUUGUGUUCAUCAAACACUCCAUCCUUCAUUUCUCUUCGACAAUUCUUUGAAGAACAGCUCCAUCUCGAUCGGCUACAAGUACUUGUCAUGGAAGAAUUUUAUCAAAAUUGUUACAAGGCUCAUAUGGAAAAGAAAUUAGAACGAAAAAGAAAAAAGCAAACCAAUCAUCAUGAGAGUACUAGCAACGAAUGCGUUGUGAGAUCACAAGAAAUGUCUCACAGUGAUUUUCAAGCAUUCAUGGAGCUCGUACAGAACAGUACUCCGAAACAAGCAUGCUUUCCAAGAAUAGAGAGAAAUUGGAAUGAAGAUGAAGACACCAAAGAUUGGAAUAUUGGUGAAGAAGGAUGGCUUGUGAUUCAACAUUGGAUGUGCACAGUAUUUAAAAAAGAUUAUCAAAAUUAUCAUCCGAAUUAUGAGUCAAGCAGUGGAUUAUUGCAGAGGAGACAAAUGAUCAUUCCGGAAUUGAGAUGUGAAUUGUGUGAAAAAUACAUUUUUGGAAAUAAGAAAAAUCAUCAUGAUGAAGAAAAUACGCUGACACAAUUUAAGAAUGCACGAAAGAAUUUUCUCAAGACUAUUGCAAAUAGCUGUGGCCAAAAAUUGACCAUUGAGCCAUUAACAAUAUUUGAGAAAUUUAUUGACAUUUUUACUCAGCAUGACAUUGUGGCCACGAGUAAAUAUCUUCUCAGUGAUCAUGCAUGUGCAGACGUAUUUUCAAAAGGUAUCAUCGAUUCUACCAUGACCUAUUUCAUUAUUACAAGAGACUUGCAAGGACCAAAUCCAAACUCUCCUCAUCAAUUUGUUGAACUUUUAAAAGGAAUAGAGAAUAAUAAGACUAUUUAUUCCAUAGAUUUAUCUAAUUUGGUAUUGGUGCAUGAUUCAUCGGUAAAGGCUCUCUGUCACAUGAUUUCAAAUAAGAAGAGUUUGAAGCGAGUGGUAAUCUCUGGAAUUUCGCUGUCACGUGAAAAUUAUUCCAACGCUCUGUUGAAAGCCAUUAAUUCAUCCUCCUCAAUUUCCUCGUUAGAAAUUUAUGUCUACGAGGAAAAGAAUUCCACCUUUAGAUUUUUGGAGAACGCUUCACAUGAAACCAUCGAGACACUGAAACUAUUACUCAAGUCGCCAAAGCUCAAAAACGUUCUUCUAUCCUCUGACAUUGACCUUUCUGUGGACCAUGUGGAGUUGGUUUCUCUUCUACUUCGAAAUAAGCAUGUAAAAUCAAUUGACAUCAACAUCGAAGCCAGAGAAGAAUUAUCUGAACGUUAUGGGGACCUUCAAAGCAGAAUGGAAAAAGAAAUUAUGAGUAUACAUGAAUUUCAUUACAAAUACUUUUACAUGCACCCAUUAAGUUCCGAAUGCAAGUGUCACAUGUUCAAACAUCACGUAAAAACGUUGUGCAGCGAUUGGAGUGACGAUGACAUCAAGCUCUGUAUUGACCAUCAGUUGGUAUCAGCAUGUGAUAUUUCAGCGAAUCUUUCGUUAGAAAAUCAUAUCCUUAUUCGUCCUCACUUAUUUGCCAACGUUAAAAAUCUGACCUUGAGUAUACAUCUAGAUGUGGAUCAGAAUAUCAUACAGUCGCUCUCUGAAAUCAUUAUGAACUCCUCAACAAUCACAACAUUGACUCUAACAAGAUUUGAUGAUGAAGAGAAAUCUUCCAAGAAGGAAUGGAGCGAGAUUGUUAAAUGUUGGAGUUCUCUCUUCAACAACUCCCAACUCGUGUGUCACAAAUUAGAAAAAGUCAUCCUGCGAACAGUGAAUCAACAAGUUGCAGAACAAUUGAUUCCUUCCUUGUUAGAUUUGAGAAAAUUUCCCAAUUUAACAUGUUUGGAGAUUGAUUAUUACAACCAAACAUUGAGUGGUCAGUGUGUUCAGGCCAUUGCAAACUCUCUCAUCGCACAAGAAAAACACUCUUCUCUUAAAUUGGGAUUGAAGUCAUUACAUUUUUCAGAUCAUUGUUUUCAAAGUCAUGACCAUACAGAAUUGAUAUUACGAUCCUUAAUGUAUCAUAAGGUACUAACAAGUUUGUAUCUUCCAUACGCCGUAUUGAAAUCAGUGGACAUUCUUUCAGAUUUUAUCAUCACGAACAAGAGUGUUCAAGAAAUUCGAUUGGACUAUUCCCAUGACGAAUACAAAACACUUGAGAAUUGUGUACAAUUUGAAAAUUCAGAACAAGAAGAUGAAUUUACUUCUCAUCUGAUUCAAGUUUUUGGAGCAAUGCAAUUGAAUUGGAAUUUAACCUCCAUUGAUUGGUACUCUGAAUAUUAUUACAAUAGCUUUUCGUUUGGAACUGUCAAUCAUGUUGGAGAACGAUUUCUCGUAGAGAAGAUUAUGGAAAGAAAUAAUAGACAACAGAUCAUCAACCAGUACAUGACCAAUACUUUGAGGACAAGUUGUACCCUUUCUGAUAUCAUCAUUUCUACUAGUAAUUAA